AUGGAUGACGUGUCUCUGAAGCAACAACAAACGGACGAUAAGGAACUGGACAAGCUUAUUUUUGACGGUGAGAAGAAGGAAAAGGAAGAUGAGGUUGUAGUUACUCAAGCGAAUCAGCCACAGACGCAGACUGAAAUACACGACAGCGAUUCAGACAAUAGUGACUCGGACAAUAGCAAUGAAAAGAAGGCGACGGCUUCAGUCAAGUCUAUCGAUCGUUCGUCGUUGAACAAUGUCUUGCCUGUGGAAAAGCUCAAAAAUGGCGCGAAUACGGCCUCCAAGGUCUUCAAUCAGACCUUUUCCAUGUUUAAAGAAAAGUCAGGUGCAGCACUGGAAGCAGCCAAGGCUUCGAAUGCUGGCAAAACUAUUGCAGGUGGACUGAACACUGCUGCCACGGCCAGUCAAGAGCAAUACGGCAAGCUCAAGGGGACGGAUGCCUACAAGAAAUCAUCUACUCUAGCAAGCGGUGCCUAUGAGCGGACGUCUCUUGUUGCUUCGGGUGCACUGGAGAAGGCACGCGCGGCGUCAUCUACUGGACUUGAGAUGGCAAAAAGCACGGCUGCUGCUAGCAUGGAGACGAUCAAGUCGAAAACAGGUGGCAAGAAGGGCGGUGACGAAUAA